GAUGCUGUUGAUGCUGGAAAAGGACAACUGGAAAUCAGUGUCAAUCAAGGAAAAGUACCAAAUAACGUACAGAUGCAGGGUGCCGGUCGUUGUUUGGUAACAUUCAUUCCACAAUAUCCAGGCAAAUAUGUCAUUGAUGUGACAUUCAAUGGUGAACAAGUACAGGGUAUGUUUAUCUAA